UCCGAUGCCCACUACUCCGAACGUAGACCACGCAGCCGUUACAGACGUGUCGUCCGACACCCACCCGUAGGCAUGGGUAAUAUCAUGGCAAAACUGCCAAACACAAUCAUAUCGAUCACAACGGCUGGAGCUCUAUUAGUCGCAGCAAGCGCCGUGGCAAUGGGCCCCCCGGGGAUUGCCGUCUAUGCCCUUUGCGUGAUCACGUAUGCAUAUAGACUCGCAUGCCAGUCCUUGAGGCGCCUCACCUCCUUUUCAAGCACUCCUCCUUUUGGUAAUGAUAGAAGACAAAAAAGGAAUCGGAGUGCGAAAAGGAGGUGAGGGCCUCUAAGGACUGGUGAGAUUGGGCGCCGUUUACCCCAGUA